AUCAAAGAAAAAAACAUUGACAAUGAACAAGAAUUAAUAAGGAAGAAAAUUUUAGCAGAAAUAAAUGAAUAUCAAUUUAAUAAUGCUGCGAAAUGUGUAAUUCCAACAUUUACAUUUUCUUCUGAUUUCAAUAAAUUAACAAUAAAGGAAAUUGCAUUUAUUUGGAAAUUAUAUAUUGAUAAUAAUAGUUCAAAAAGCUGUACACGUUGUGGAUCUAAUCAUGUUUCUAAUAAAUGCCCAUCGUUGGGAAAACAAUGUAUAAAAUGUAAUGAAUGGAAUCAUUUUCCAAAAAGAUGUCCAAAAAAUUUUAUUACUAACUGUCAUUAUUGUGGAAGUGAUCAUAGACAUAAAAAUUGUCCAGCUUAUAAUGAAAUUUGUACUAAAUGUCAGAAAUUACAUCAUUUUAGCUGGAAAUGUAAAGCUAAAAAAAUUCUGCAAUGCAAUUAUUGUGGUUUAACCCAUAUUGCAUCUAGAUCGCAUUGCAUAGCAAAAAAUAUUAUUUGCAAUAAUUGCAAAACAAUGGGUCAUAUUUCUUCAAAGUGCAAUAAAAAAUCAAAUAAAUAUAACAACUAAAAAUAAUUUUAGUUUAAAUUUUAA